AUGCUGUCGCUAUGCACCCGUACAGCGCACAACAACGGGACGGGAGACACGACAAACUCUACGGUUGGUAUCCAGCUGGACGGCACAACCAUCGAGCUCGUUGAGUUCGGAGGACCGGCGUUCUUCAGCGGGAUGUGUGUGGGAGAUGCGGUGGUAGCGAUCGAUGACGUGGAGGUGACGGAGAGCAACGUGCGAGACAUGCUGGUAGGCUGCGACAGGCCUGGUACCUGCGUCAAGAUCGAGUACUGCAAGGGAAGCUCGGACGAGCGACUGACGGCGAAGCUGAUGAGGAUCUCGAUCGAGGAGAUGAAGACGAGGUCUGCCAUCUUCGAGUCGCUCCAGGAGAAGACUCUCGUCACUCACGACAAGGAGGGGUUGUGUGUGCUGGAUCAUGACCUCGUCAAUGCCAUUCUCGAGAGCAUACAGAAGCUCUCCACCGGAUCGCCCGGCCGGAGCCCCGACAGCUUCGUGUCUCCUCGGCACACCUACAUCAACUCGCAGUUCCUCCGAUGCUCCAGCCUGCCGCACGAGUACUCCAUCCCCGUCAUGGAGAAGCUUCACCGCUCCCAGAGCUCCUGGACGGCUCCGAUACAACCAGCUGAAGCUGGAGCUGGAGCUGGAGCUUUCGGAGCUGGAGCAGCCGAGGGUUCGCCGCAGAAGUUCAGCAUCCUGUCAAGAUUUCAAUCAAACUUGCAGCUGGGGUUUGCACGACAGAUCACGGAGACAAACUCAUGGAAGUCACCGAAACCAUACAACUACCGAGAUCACGCCGACAUGUCUACGAUUCCAUCUUCAGACUCAAACACUGAAUGCAACGAGUCCCAUGAGCGAGAGUCGUCGCAAGGGGAUGGUAGCUGGUCCUCAAGCAUCCGGGUCUGUGAAGAACUGACCAUGAAGAUCGAACGAGAUGUCGAGCAAGUGCUUGCCGACCUCUCACAUCUCAGAAAUGAACGAAACCUGGGUGCAGACAAUUUCAGAAGUUCAGACGAUGACUCUGACAAGUCUAACAGCCUGCUGGGUUGUUCGAUACCGGACAUCAACGGCACCGUCGUGGGCUAUAAGUUUGAACAUUUCCCGCUCCAGCACGACUCGGAACCUGCCAGGCGGCAACUCGUCGCGGAGGACAAGGCAGGUCGAAGAUGCGAGGGAGAAGUGACAGACGCGAGGACGAGCACAGCAGCUGAGAAGAGCAGCUCUUCCCGAGAUGAGGCCCUCGUGACUCGAGUCAUCAAACAUUACCAGAAGAAUCACGAGGAGAUCGCUGAGCUGCUGGCGCUCAGAAAGAUGAAAACAUUCCUAGAAGACAAAGUCUCAAAGUUGAACGAAAGCUUGAACAAAUCAAAGAGAGAGAACUCGGAAGCCAGCAGUCGGUUGGACCAGCUCAAGAAGGAAGCAAGAGAUCUGCGGAAGAAACUCAACGCCUCCAAGUCCGAGCUCAGCCAGGUCAAGGAAGAUCACAUGAAGCUGAAAGACUUGUACUCCUCAAAGGAACGAGACAUCUUAGCCAUGGAAGCAAAGUCUUAUAUCAUGAAGUCUUCCGGUGAGAUCAAGGCAAAGAACAUGUCGACGGAGAUGAAGCACAUGAAGAACAACAUCGAAGCGAUGAGCCUGAUCUGUAACGAGUUGAAAGAAGGAUUCCAACAGGCAAACGAGCGUAUGCUUCUUCUGGAACAAGAAAUGCAAGGAGAGAAGGAGCGCGCGAAACUCUUGCUGGAAGAGGUGAAGAGCAAGGAGCUUCAAGUCUCGGAUCUCAAGCAGAACCUCAUCUACUGUGAGAGCAGCAACUCAAGCAGCGCCCACGAGGCUCGGCAAGCCUUCCACUGGAUCCAGAGAAAGCUUCAUGCAGCGCGCGAGGAGAUCAACGAGCUGUCAAGCACCUGCCAGGAGCUGCGAGAAACGAGCCGGCGGCUGCAGCAUGAGCAGCUCUGCGGGAGGAACGCGCAGGAGAGUGAGAGGCGACGGAUCUUUCAGCAGAUGCAGGCGAUUGUGCGGGAGAUAGAAGAGCUCACGUCGUUGGCUGCCGACUCGAGCUCAGAGAGCCGACGACAAGAAGCCAACGAACUCAAAGUGGCUCAGAGGCUGAUGAAGUUGGCCGAGGACAUGGAGAGGAUGGAUGUGAAGUUGAAGGACGUGGCGAAGCUUCAGGUGCUCGUCCAGGACCUGCUGACCUCCAAAGAUGGUCAGAUAGAGCGCCUGGUGCAGACGAUGCUUGAGGCCCAACAGCAGCUGGAGGCUCAACGAGUCCAGCACGCGAGUGAGUUGGAAGACCGAGAGGAGGAGGUGAAGUCAGUGCGGUCGAAGUUGCAGUCCAUCACCCAAGACAUGACGCAAUCAAUGGCGCAGAGCCGCCUCAUCCUCAACAAGUGCGACGAGGAUCGCAGAGCCGCCCUCCGCGAGGUUGCGGCGCUCAAGAACGAGAACGCGAUGCUGCAUCACGAGCUCGAGGCCAAGAUCCUCGACAACAUCGCGAGUCAUCGGCGGCACCAGCAGCUUGUCAGCUACUUCACAAGUCAAGUCGCGAGAGUGGAAGCUGACACGCUACAGCUCGAGAGUUUGACCAAGACGCCGACUGACAGCCAACAGGAGCAAGAGGAAGGGAGGGAGGGCGACUGA